AUGUUCUCACGACUAAGCUUCGAACGCGUCUGCGUGCUCGCCCUCGGCCUUGUUGCCACGGGCUCCCUCGUCGCUGCUGGGCCCUGUGACCUCUACUCCUCCGGUGGCACGCCCUGCGUCGCUGCCCACAGUACCACUCGAGCCCUAUACAGCGCCUACAGCGGCCCCCUCUACCAAGUGCAACGCGCCUCCGACGGUACCACGACCACCAUCGCGCCGCUGUCCGCUGGUGGUGUCGCCAAUGCCGCAACCCAAGACUCGUUCUGUGCCAGCACGACCUGCCUCAUCACCAUUAUCUACGACCAGUCCGGCCGCGGCAAUCAUCUCACCCAGGCGCCGCCCGGCGGCUUCCCCGGUCCCGAAUCCAAUGGCUACGACAACCUGGCCAGCGCGACAGGCGCCCCGGUCACGCUGAACGGCCAGAAGGCGUACGGCGUCUUCAUCUCGCCCGGCACCGGCUACCGCAACAAUGCGGUCCGCGGCACGGCGACCGGCGACGCGGCGGAGGGCAUGUACGCGGUGCUCGACGGGACUCACUACAAUGGCGGCUGCUGCUUCGACUACGGCAACGCCGAGACCAACAGUCUCGAUACGGGCAACGGCCACAUGGAGGCCAUCUACUUUGGCGACAACACCGGCUGGGGUUCCGGCUCCGGCAGCGGCCCUUGGAUCAUGGCCGAUCUCGAGAACGGCCUGUUCUCGGGCGCCAGCGCUCGCCAGAACGCGGGCAACCCGUCCAUCAUCGACCGGUUCGUCACGGCCGUCGUCAAGGGGGGGCCAAACCAGUGGGCAAUCCGCGGCGCCAACGCUGCGUCCGGCUCGCUGUCGACGUUCUACAGCGGCGUGCGCCCAAGCGUGUCUGGCUACAACCCCAUGCACAAAGAGGGCGCCAUCAUUCUCGGCAUUGGCGGCGACAACAGCGUCAGCGCCCAGGGCACGUUCUACGAGGGCGUGAUGACCGCCGGUUAUCCGUCCGAUGCCACCGAGGACUCGGUGCAGGCGGACAUCGUCGCUGCCAAAUACGCUAUCACGUCGUUGACCAGCGGACCGGCGCUCACGGUCGGCUCCUCGAUCUCGCUGCGGGCUACCACGCCCUCCUUCACGACACGCUACAUCGCACACACCGGCUCCGCCGUCAACACCCAGGUCGUCUCGUCGUCCAGCACCACCGCCCUGAAACAGCAGGCGAGCUGGAUAGUUCGUACCGGCCUUGCCAACAGCGCCUGCUUCUCGUUCGAGUCCAAGGACACCCCCGGCAGCUAUAUCCGGCACUAUAACUUCGAGCUCCUGCUCAACGCCAACGACGGCACCAAGCUGUUCCACGAAGACGCCACCUUCUGCCCGCAGGCCGGCCUCAACGGCCAGGGCAGCUCGAUUCGGUCCUGGAGCUAUCCCACCCGCUAUUUCCGCCACUACAACAACGGGCUCUACGCUGCGAGCAACGGCGGCGUGGACACAUUUGACGCUGCCGCUUCAUUCAACGACGACGUGAGCUGGGUGGUGAGCACCGGCUUCGCUUGA